AAGAAAGAGAGCAACAAAAUCAUUGGGUUUCUACCUGUUUCCCAACCGCUGAUGGAGAUACGUUAAAAUCCAUGUGAGUAUUAAUUUAUUACUGCAAAGUUUGUUCAACAUAUUCAUUCGGUUUUAUGCCUGUACAUUAUAACUUGUGGACAGAAAUACAUUUUGAAUUUAAUGUACAAACACAAAACUGUCCCUACUUCGAUUGUCCUUUGCAGGGAUUGUUAUUAAGAAAUUACAGAUAUGAGAGCUCCUUUUUAGGAAAUUAUAAAGGAAGCUGUUUAAAUGUAAAAAAAAAUAAAAAUCCAUCUAUAUUUCCAUAAAAGUUUCUUAAUAUAUUAUAAUAGUUCAAAGGCCAAUUUUGAGCCAGUGUUAAUGAUGUUGAAGGAUCCAUUAGGAAAUAAAUGAUAAUAAAAACAAUCACAAAACGCCUAUAUAUUUGAGACUAAAAUUGAGAAUCAAAUUCAGGUUAGUUUUCUUAUUUGUGUGUCAUGCCUAACACCUGGCCCAUCCCAUCCUAUUUCAAGACACACACACACACACACACACACACAUGUAAUUCUCCUUUACGUUCAAGUUUCUACACUUUAGUAAAGAUCUAACGAGCCUGGAGCUGAGUGCCACGGGCAAAGGGAAGCGGGAAAGUAUUGAGGUGGACAGAUGGAUUGAGUUGUUGUUGGCUUUGGUCUUUCUGCUGACUGCCACGAAAGCAUUUAACAUCUCCAACUUCAUCUUUCAAACUAAUCCUGUCACGGUCCAGUGGGUUCACCGGAGCAGAGCUGUCGUGCCAAGUUUUCUAACCCGCUCAUCGGCGAGCGUCUGUUGCCUGCGGGCCCUCUGCUCUGCUCUUUGACCCCAUCUAUUCGCAGAGUUGUUUAUCCUCUGGAUCGCCGAAUCGCUCCAGGUGACUCAGAGAGACAACACUCAUCAUCUCGUCGACGAGGGGUCUUGGCUUUGGGGCGAGUUUGAGUUUCGUGUUGCAUCCGAUUCUUAAAAAACAACAAAAAACCCCACUACAGUGCGUCAUAUUCGGUUACGAGCAGCUUGCGAGUGUGUCUGUGGUGCUGCGGGUGACGAGUGGCGGGCUGAUGUCGGUCCAGAGUGUUCCCCUUUAGAAGUCAAAACAGCAUGUGAUUUGAUUUCAUGCUCUUUUAUCCUUUAACGAGCCUGAUAACAGGGACGGAAAAGGCAACUGUGUGUGUGUGUGUGUGUGUGUUGUGUGUGUAACAGCUCUCCAUCAUCCCCUAGCAGAGGAUCCAUUAGCCCUGGACCCCCUCCCCGGUUUCCCAGUGAUAAAGUAAACAAAGUGUGUUUGACCAAUUCGGCGGCAAAUAUUUGCUCUGGAAGCCGCCUCAUCCUGCGGCAGACGCACGCGCGUCCGCGGCGCCGUGCUCAGGUGUAUAUAUACAGUCGCGAGCCCGCUGCACCAGUAUCACAUAUGCACACGCACGAACCGAAGAGUGGGAUCCGCCUGUGACCUGACGAGACCUCUUCCCCCGGACACAGACUCACCGGGACCUCUCGGCCGGCGUCACCCGAACUCCAGCGGCGACAAGCCAAACAUGGCGGCCGGCGUCAUCAGGAACUUCUUCGUCCAGGCUCCGGCUCGGGCCUACUUCCCGCUGCUUUUCCAGCACUCGCCGCGCAAAGAGGACGACGGAGAGGCAGAGGAGAAGCUCCGGGAAAAGCCGGAGGAGAGGGAAGACGACGGGGAGGAGGACGAAGAAUCGGAAGCGCAGGAGGAGGAAGAAGAAGAAGAAGGAGAAGAAGAAGGAGAAGAACAACAACAAUGCUCAGGGCAGGUUUUCCUCCGCCCGGCCCACUGUGCUUUGGAUGUGACCAAGCAGCUGCUGGCGUUCGCAGACCUCAUCAGUCGCGACGUUCAGAGGUAUUUCGGUCGCUGCGCCGGCGACACGGAGGCCUGUGACAUCUACAGCGACUCCGUCUCGGUCACGACCGGCGGGCGCCUUCGCUACUACGAUGACCUCCUGAGAAUAGCGAGGGCGGGCAGCCCGGGGGAGCAAGAGAGCGGCCUUGUGACUCGUGCCGACCGGGACGCGGUUGGCUUCGCCAAGGGCACCACCGGCCUGGGGCCCCUGGCCGAACUGUUCGACCACGUGGCCCCGGGUCAGGGCCGCGGCCGGCCGAUGGCCAAGCGGCAUCUCCCGCUCAGCUUCUGGACGGAGCCGCUGCCCCGCUGCCCCCUGGUCAGCUUCAGUGACGCACCUUCGCAGGGCGGCACGCGCGGCGACGCUGACGCGCACAUGCCCUUCGUCAACACGCUCGCGCACCACAGCGCUCAUCCCCUCGACAGCAACCAGCCGGACUUCAGCGACUUGCUGGCAAACUGGGACCCGAACCCGGAGCUCAUACACACCCUGACGGAGAACACGCACAUGCAGCACUGACGCCUGCGGGAAGACUCCGUCCGCGUCCUCCACAGCUCCGAUGCGUUCUUGUAGAGAGUCAAAUAGAAGAGGACAAAUCUUAUUUAGUCUAUUGUGCACAGUUUUUUUUGGGGGGGGGGGGGGGGGGGGUUGGGGGUUUUCAAAGGGUCAGCUCACCCAAAAUACUAACAAAACAUUAUGGGAGCUACACAAUCAGUUUUGGUUUUGAGUCCAUGUGCCUGUCAGUUUUCUCAAUGCGAUGGAAGUGAAUGGAGUUUAGUUUGUGGCGCUCACAACUGCGGAAAAAAUGACAUUGACACAAUUCCAUCGUGUCUCAGUUACUCGGGAUUAUCUGUAGACUUCAGCGUGAACUGUUUUCACUACUGUCUUGCUUUAAAAAAUACCUGCGAUGACCAAUGAAUUGUGUGUGGAUUAUCCAGAGUCACCAGUUCCUGGACACAUCUACUGUUAAUUUUCAAUUAAAAGAAACAUAAUUUAUGUAAUUAUGAGCCUGUAAUAAAGCCAUUCAACUUGUGUUCUUCUAAACAAGUGAAAAUAAUCAUGCAAUGGAAAACUGUAGUACUUGCUUGUCGUUUUCUGAAAUCACCUUUCCUUUUGUGUCACAGUCUUAAUAGUUCUGUCGUUGCUGCUCCCCAGUGUGAAGCUUCUCACCUCGAUCCUCCAGGAUGUGGUGACACCUCUGACCGCACCCAGACCACGGUCAUUGGCACAGUGGCAUUAGUGGAGGGAGUUUUCAGAUCCUUUAUUUGAGUAGAAGUACUAAUACCACACGGUUAAAAAAUACUCGAGUUACAUGUAAGCGUAUUUAACAGUAUGUAAAAUGUAACCUGGGUACCAUCAACAUCAAAAGUACUCAAUGCAGUGAAAUGUCUACCAGAUAUUAUGUUUCUACCUCCGCCACUGAGGGUAUGGGAUUGGAUCGCUCUGUCUGUCUGCAUUACUCAAAAAGUUAUGGAUGGAUUUUGCAUGGAAAUUUGAAUACAGGUGAUCACAUUUUCCUAGUGUUCAUCGCCCUGACAUUUGAGUCAUAUCUUCACAAGUACGUAACAUAUUAAAAACAUGUAGGUCAGAUGCAGAUGGGAAUGCAAGUUUUGGGUGAAACAGCAAAAAGGUGUUGGAUUGCUGCGCUCUGGUUUUAUUAGAUCAUUAUUACUGAUGCAUAAACAGCAUUUUACUGUAGAAGUCACUGGAGGUGGAGUUCAGUUUUAACUUCUAUAUUUAUUUUUUUUACACAGAACUGCAACUGAUGAUGGUUUUUUAUUAAUGACAAUAAUUCCGUAAUUAUUCAAUGAGUUGACUGUUGACUGAGUCUUUGGAAAAUGGUUGAGUGGAGUGAGACUGGAGUGCCCGACCUGAUCUGGGUGAACUGACCCGUCGGAGUGGACUAAAAUAUCCAGGUGAAACCCUUCCCUUGACUAACGCAAACCAUGAAUCUGCCCACAAUGAACUCACGUCACCGACACUGACCCGCAAAUUUGACCUCCACGCUGCGAGCUCGGAGCGAAAACCGAUCGACCUCCCGUUUCUUUUCUGUGCGAACGAAGCGUUUUUGCCGGAGGGUGGGAGAGGCGACGGCGUCCGCUGCAGUUUAAGUAAACAGAACUGCUGCGAGAGAGCAGAGGAGUGGGGGAGAGCCAGAAAUACGCGUGAUAUCACACUGUUCAAAGGUAAACGAGGGCGUGACAAGGCCCAGGGAGAGGUGUGACGGCGAUGAUCCCCGGUGGAAUUAUUAUUUCAAGAAAACGGUGAAAAGGGGAGGAAGAGGAGACUAAUGAGUAACUGUAUGUGUGAUGAGUCUUAACAGUAGAUCAGCCAGUU